CAGAGUUUAGUGAAUCGUUUCCGUUUUCUAGGACGACAGUGGCAUUGAUGUGAGCAACAGCAAACUACCAGAACCUCCGAACAACCAAAGCUACGGCCUGAUGAAGUUUGCGGAAAAGAACAUGAAGAAAAUCAGCCGCAAUUUUACCAUGAAUAUUACCAAAUCGCUGACGCGCAUGAGGAAGCACAUGUCCAAGACUGAAGACAACACCAGCGGGUCUAAUGCGGACGUUAAGAAGCCGAAGCGUCCAGCACCCACAUACGAAAACGUGGAAACCCGAAACCCCGCGCUGAAGACGACGAUUUACUCUCAACCCAUCAUAAUCGAGCCCAAACCGACCUCAGAAUCUCAACCCUCUGAAGAGCAGGACAAGAUGAAAACCAUCUCCAGACCCAAGGGAGGUUUCCUCACUAAGUUCAGACGAAGCAUGUCUUUGUCGGUAGAAUCUGCGAACGAAGUUACCUCGAAUCUGAACGGCGGCAGAACCAAGAGCACCUUCUACCUGACUGAUGCCAUUGAUAUUGAUAGCAGCGAGAAACAGAGCAGCUCAGAAAAAUCGCUUUCUCCAGUAGUCAGGCAUGGGAGGCCGGCCCCAAUGAGGCCCACCAGUCCCCCACCUCCAGCCCCAAUAACUCAGCCUGAGCUGAGAACAUCGAAUCGCAAGGACGGGAAAAGCUCCUCUUGGUACGCGGACUCCGGGGUCUUCAAGAACAUCGACCAGACCAAGAGGCCGAACACCUUCUGGUAUGCAGAGGUUGGAUUGUAUCAGAGCAACUCGUCUCCAAGCACCAGUUCGGCUGAGAAUAGCGGUAGCAAUCUGAGCGUCCCCAUUAAACCCUUUGAGAUACCUAGACCCAGUUUGAAGCCUUCGGACUUCAUCAACCAGGACGACAAGGAGCAGUACAACAACAUCAAAAAUGAAAAUCCCUACUAUGCAGACAGCGUUAACAGUUUCAGUAGCAUCGAGACAAAGCAGGAAGAUUCUCUGAAGCAGGAAAUUCAGCUCAGGCUUCAGGAUGAACCGUUGUACCAGUUUUAUGAUGCUGCUGUCUUGGACUCAAUCAGCUAUGCUGAUACUUCCGACUUCGAAGCCUCGGACUCGGACAACUACGAAGACGUGUCUGAGGAAGCCGUUAUCAAGAACAACGUGAGCAAACAUCGUCCUUCUGCUAUGGAACUGGUGUCCCCUAAGAGGGACUCGAUGUGUUUCAACAAGUCUCUCUGGUGCGAAAUUCCCGAGGUCCUAAAUUCAUCAGUAUUAAGUACCCUCAGUGGACACCAGAAGAAGCUGCAGGAAGCGAAAUUUGAGAUUCUAACAUCCGAAGCCUCUUACCUCAACUCGCUCAAUGUGCUCAACGAUCACUUUCUGAACAGCUUCAGAACCAACCACCUGAUUUCGAAGGAAGAGCGCAAUGUCCUCUUUGGUCACGUGGAAGACGUUCGCAAUUCGUCCGAGAAACUGUUGCAUGAUCUGGAAAAGUGCUGGCAAGAUAACAUUUUGCUGCACGGCAUCUGUGAUAUUGUCCAGAAACACGCCGAGGAGAAUUUCAACGUUUAUAUACCCUACUGUGAAAACCAAGUGCAGUUUGAUGAAGUUUUAAAAAGCCUCAAGGAACGUUUGGGUUUCACCGAGUUCCUGAGACAUCUAGAAAUGAGCGAAGCCUGCCAGUCCUUGUCGUUAUACUCAUUUUUGAUGUUGCCGAUGCAACGAAUCACGCGAUGGCCUCUUCUAGUGGACGCCGUGCUGAAGCGACUGUCUCAGCAGGAUUCUGAGUAUUUUGCCUGCCAGUUUGCGCUGGGAACUCUCAACAAGAUUGUGGGCCAAUGCAACGAGGCGGCGCGCCAAAAAGAGCGAGAGACUGAACUGAUCAAAUUAGCCAAACAGCUGGAGUUUCCCCAAGCGAUUCCUCACAUCCCCCUAAUAGCCCCUGAACGUUGGUUGGUCAGAUGCGGGCCAGUUAUUCACAUGCAGCCCAGAAACGAAGACACCAAGCUAACAUUUGGGAAGAGAUUCAGCAAGACUACCGUCCAUCUGUUCCUCUUUAACGAUCUGUUCGUGGUCGCCAAAGAAAAGGGCGACAAAUCGUACAUAGUUCAACAGUACUGCCACAGAAACCUGGUGGAGCUGAGUAGUUCCGAAGUAGCACUUAGCGUUCCGGCAAAAGAAGCGCAAGGGAAAAACCUAAUUUUCUUAACAGUCUUGGAGAACCAGGACGGGAAAAUGAUCGAAUAUUUGCUGGCGUGCAGUUGCGAAAGCGACAAGGAGCGAUGGGUCGAGGCGCUCACGCCGCCAAAGUCAGAAGACCCAGAAGAAACGCUUUAUGAUUGCUGGGAUUGUCCGCAAGUGUUUGCCGUGCACAAUUACACCGCCAGUCAACCGGAUGAAUUAGCUCUUGCGAAGAACGACGUGAUCAACGUGCUGAGGAAAAUGGCCGAUGGCUGGUACCAUGGGGAAAAAAUCCGGGACGGCCAAACUGGAUGGUUCCCAGCCAAUCACACAGUGGAGAUCGCUAAUGUGCAUGUUCGCGCCAGAAACCUGAAACAACGCUAUCGACUGUUGGCGCAUACAGAGAAUUACCUCAAAUCAAAGUAGUUGGAAAAACUGACGAACAGUUCAACUUGCGUAUAGAAUCAGCAGUUUUAGGAUUAAGGGACUCGUAUAAUAAAGAAACGCAUUUUUCCUCAGAGGAAUUUCGUAUAAACAAAUAAAACGUGAUUUGUAUUUUAUAAAAACGUUGUUUUUAAUUCUUGUAACAUGGUUGUAUAUAGAAUAUUUUAUGUUUACAAAAUAAACCCCCCGUUUUUAUGGAUAAA